AUGUGCCGGUCGGCGGGACUAAAGGCAGUCUAUGGAACAACGGCCGAAGCAACCGGAGAUGCUACUGCAGUCUCGUGCACCAGCGUUGCGCCGAGAGCCGUGACACCGGUUGUCCUGAUCUGUUCAGAUAGAGCGGUUCUCCAGACCUUUGCGGAGCACUUAUGGUCAACUGACAGCUCUACUACGGGUUCAAGCAGCAUCGUCGUCGACCUGGGAGAGAUGAGCGAUGACCCGCGCGGCGCGGAGCUAGCGCUUGCCGGGACCAAGGCUGACGGGGUCUUCGUGUGUCGUUCCACGCUGUGCCUCGACCACCCCGACCUCAAGAGCAUGGCGCAUGCGCACCCGCUCACGGUGCAUCUAGCGCUGGACACCGACGACACCGACACGCUCAAGCGCUGCGAGCAAGCGACCAAAUACACGGUCGUUGUGGGCGACGGGAGGGUGGAGGAAGACUACGCCAAGGCCGAGCUGUCGCGCUUGGUUGCCUUCUCGCGGAAGCCAAAGCCGUCUCCUGCGGACGUGGCGCUGGACAUGGGCAAGAACACCUUCUUCCUGUCGCUCACGUUCGAGGACUUCUCGCUGCACACAGACCUCCUGCCGACCCUGACGGAAGGCGUGGACGCCAUGGAGCUGCGGGUGGACCUACUAGCCGACAACGAGGAUCCGUACACCGUGCUGAGGCAGCUCUCCAUCUUGCGCCGUCACACUGGCUACCUGCCGGUCGUCUUUACGAUUCGUUCGAAAGGGCAGUGCGGCGCCUUCCCCGACGACCCCGAGAAGAUCUUCCGGCUGGCGAGGUGGGGCCUGCGCGCCGGUUGCGAGGUGAUGGACGUGGAGGCGAACUGGCCGAUGAGCUACAGGGAGGGCUUGAUCCGAGAGGCAGGGGAGAACUACCCGGGAGCGGUGUUGGUGGGGUCUUACCACGUUGUCGGAAGGAAGACUACGGAGGAGCAGGCGAAGGAGCUCUUCAUGGAGUGCUACCACGACGGCGCUGUGGAUGGCGUCAAGGUGGUCACAACCGCCUUCGAGCCCGAGGACAGCAUCCGAGUCCACGCCGCCGCUAAAUCCCUCGCCCUCCCCGUCCCCUACAUCGGGCUCUGCCUGACCGAAACCGGGAAGCUCAGCAGAGUCCUCAACAAGCGCUUCACGCCCGUGACCCACGAGAACCUCCCCUUCGUCGCCGCCCCGGGCCAAAUGUCCUCCAAAGAGAUCAUGCACCACCGCGCGGAGCUCGGCCUUUGUCCUCCUCGCUCCUUCUUCCUGUUCGGGUCGCCGAUCUCCGCGUCCCCUAGCCCAGACAUGCACAACGCUGGGUUCCGUAGCACCGGCCUCCCGCACGAGUACUUUCUCUGCGAGGGGGAAGACCCGGCGAUUAUGGCGGAGGCGCUGUCUAGGCCUGACUUCGGUGGCGCGUCGGUGACCAUUCCCCACAAGCAGAACGUGUUGCCCUUGCUGGACGAGGUGAGCGAGGCCGCGGAAGCCAUCGGGGCCGUCAACACCGUCGUCGUGGGGACCGAUCCGGAGACCGGUGCUCGACGCCUCAGGGGCGACAACACCGAUUGGCUCGGGAUAUUGAGGCCGGUGAAGGCGCGGCUGGAGGCGUCGUCAGGGUGGGAGCAGGGAAGGGGUGGGGUUGCUCUAGUGGUCGGGGCGGGCGGGGCGGCGAUGGGAGCGCUCUUUGCCAUGCAGCGGUUAGGGCUUGAGGUCGUCGUGUACAACCGUACGCCAUCAAAGGCGGAGGAACUAGCGGGGAGAUUUGGAGGCGCGGCGGUCUCUGCGCUGGAUGCGGAGACCUUGGAAAAGGCGUGCGGGGCUGCUGCUGUGGAUGUUGUGGUAUCUACUAUUCCGGCUGCUGCGGAAUUCACCUUGCCUGACUACCUUUUGGAGAGCAAGCCCGUAGUAUUCGACGCGGCAUACAAGCCGGCAUUGACAUCGCUCCUGGCGCAAGCCAAGGAGGCUCAGUGUCCGUACGUGCAGGGAGCGGACAUGCUAGUGGAGCAGGGCUUGGAACAGUUCCAGCUGUGGACGGAGCGACGGGCUCCGAGAGAAGAGAUGGAAGGCGCGGUGUUCGCCAAAGUUGAUCGGAUAUAA